CAGGCUGAAGUGGAGCUCAAGCAAAGACCAGACUCAGGCUCCUGGAAGCAGGGCGGAGAAAUCCUUUUCAAUGCAAAAUGAGCCCAGGAGGAUUCUGGGAAUCUUUGGGACUGAGGGCUCUCCUUCUCCUGGCCUGCUCCGUGAGCGGCUUGGUGCUGAUGGAACAACACAGAGACGCAGAGGAGGACCAAGAGGUGAACAAGGCCAUUCUGGAAAUGCUGCACAUCAAUCAGGUUUCAGCCAGCAGGCCAGCUAAAGUUCAUCCAUACAUGAGGAGGAUCCAUCAGCGUCUGAACUCACUGGAAGCUCCAGACUUUGAAAGGCCAGAAGGGAUCCUGAUGCAGAGUUUUCACAGUUCUGAUGGUUCAGGUCAAGCUCCUCAGGGAUGGAUCUGGUUUAACGUCAGCAGCCUGGACCCCCUCAUGCUGGGAGCAGAACUGGUUCUCUUCAGGAAAACCCUCCAUCCUGCUCCUCUCAGCUUGACGGUCGCCCUCCACAGCACCAUUGGUCCACAGGAACAUGUGAAGGAAGGCCCUGCCUUGGAGGAAAGACAGCUGGUCCUGAACCAGAGACCCUCCUCUGGGUAUGAUGUGUUUGACGUGUCCGCUGUCCUGGCUGGGAAGCCCCUGGAGCUGGUGGGUUUCCAGCUCCGCUACACUGAUGAGAGUGGGAGUCUGGUCCUCCACGAGGCUCUGACACGGCGUCUGUACCAUCUGGAUGGAAGCUCCCUUAGAGAACCCUUACUGGUCUGCUACCAGACUCUCCCUUUCCACUUUUGACUGACAUUGAAGCUCUUUUCUUCUCCAAUCAUGUUUCUGCUUUUUAAAGGAUUUCACUUAAAGGUUAGAUGUUGUGUAGUGAUUCACAGCUACAGCUUUUUUUAUGAGUGAAAAUGUCUUUUAUGAUUUAUGACUUUAAUAAAAGUAGAA